AUGUCAGCUGUACAGAGGCAGGAUCUAGUGGUUUUCAACGACCAUUCUGUUGUAUCUGAUCAAAUUUUCCAAAAUGGAUUUCACCACUUGAUUACUAUUACGGCAUCUCCUUUCACUUCUCCCACAUGGCUGAUAAACUCGCUGGUAGAGAGCCAAAUUCUAGGUAGACCAUAUUCUUUGAAUGCAGAUAGCAGUGCAGCUCAAGGGCAUAGUAGACCUGUAACUGUUGGGUCAUUCGUUCACGAACCGCAGCUUUUCCACAAUGCACUGGGCAGGUUGAAAGUGGCCCCUCAAAAGUAUAAAGUGGUAGAUUUAGUGACAGAUUUAGUAGUAAAAAGUUUGGGUAAACCAAGAAGCAAAGUUUACAGCGAUAUUCUACAACAAUUUCCGCUACAGAAUCAGUCCGUUAUUGUACUAGAACAGCCAGAGCUACUGUUGUCAUUAUUAGAAGGAUCCACUAGUGAUGAAAUACAUUCACAGCUGAUUACACCGCUUAUGAAACGCUGUAGUGUGCUCAUACUGACCACAAGUGUCUACGAUGACAGUGAAGAUGCCACUAGGGACUCACUAGAAUUCUCUCGGUUUACUUUGAAUUGUAUUUACAAAUCUAUUGUCGUCAUGAGUCUAAGGCCGCUAGAGACUGGACGCGCUAACGAUGUGACAGGGACCUUAAGAAUUACUAGAGGUGGUGUUCGUAGCCCCGUACACGUUGUAGAGAACGAGUAUCUUUAUUUAAAUCAAAAGGAGACUACGAGACUUUUCUAUAGAUAG